CCGAGGUGCGGGAGGCGGUUGUCCGUGGCCCCGGUUCCCGCGGGAGCCGGCUGCUCCUCCAGCCCCGCCGGUGGCGGUAGCCGUGAGGUGAGGCGUCGCUCCGCGCGCUCGCCCGCUCGCCUCUGAGGAACCCCCGGGCCCACCGCCGCCCAGACAAGAAGAGCUUCAAACCAGUGCCGUUUUCAUGCUGCCCUGAGGAGAACCCACUGACUGUGGUAAACUGGUGCUUAACCACAGUGGCUUGUGGUAGCACCAAGUGUACUGUGAGUCUCAACACUGACUAGAUCAGCUGAUGGCAACAAGGAACACAUGUGCAAGCCAGGAAUUGACUUCACAACGAUGAGAAGCCUCACCCACCCACUGCUCAAGAGGUUAUUGUGUGUCUCACCUCAGUGUGUGCCAAGGGAGUUGAGUCAAAGUAGAGGUCCUGUCCUCAGUCCCAAGUGGUCAUCUCCAAGGCAGAGCUGUAGUGCAAGACCUGGGCUUGUGACUGCCACUGAUAUGGUCAACUACUGGCAGAAGGUGUUUGAGACAAAUGGGAUUCCUGAAGCACGAGAAUCCAGUGAAUAUAUCGUGUCAUUUGUCCUGGGAGCAAAAACAUUUCAGAGCUUGAAUUCCAAAAGCCUCCACACUCCGCUUACAGCACUGCAGCAGGAGCAAAUCCAGCAGCUGAGCAACAAGCGACUGGAAAGAAUGCCAGUGCAGUAUGUGCUUGGUGAGUGGGACUUUCAGGACCUGACUCUGAAGAUGAGACCCCCGGUAUUUAUUCCUCGGCCUGAAACAGAGGAUCUCAUCUCUUUAGUUGUGGAGGAGGAAUCUCGGAAGUGUGAGAAGAAUUCAGGCCUCUGCUUCCCAGUUCCUGCCCCUCAUCCUGUGAUCCUGGAGAUUGGCUGUGGCUCUGGAGCAAUUGCUCUGAGUCUGUUACGAAAACUGCCACAGAGCCAGGUGAUAGCCGUGGAUAAAGAGAAGGCUGCUGUGGAUCUCACCAGGGAGAACGCACAUAGGCUGCAACUCCAGGACAGGAUCCACGUCCUCCACUAUGAUGUUUCAUAUGGUUCUGCUGAGCAGCUGCUACUCUGGGGUCCCGUAGACUUCAUAGUCAGUAACCCCCCAUAUGUCUUCCAUAAAGACAUGGCUUCCUUGGAUGCAGAAAUCCUCCGCUAUGAGGACCUUGAUGCACUGGAUGGGGGAGAUGAUGGGAUGAGGGUCAUCAAAACAAUUCUGGCUCUGGCUCCUUCUCUUCUGAAGGAUUCUGGGAGUGUGUUUCUGGAAGUUGAUCCCAGACACCCAAAUAUGGUGGAGAACUGGCUACAGGCACACCCCAGCUUACUACUUGUCCUUCGUGCCAUUCACAAGGACUUCUGUGGCAAGCCUAGGUUUCUGCACAUCCAAAACCAAAGCAGAUGACAACUGUACCAGAAAUAACUCUUCUUGCAGUAUGCAUUUGGCUGGUGAGCCCUGCUGAGCAGCUUGUUGAAAACCCUGCGUGGCAAAAGGAAUCUCCACUUCAUUCCCCAGUACAUGGAACUCUCCACACGGUGCCAGACCCCCUCAUUUCCUGAGGCAGACUUCAUCCAGGGAUGUGGAAGUUCAGCAGAGUGUGUAGAAGUGUUUCACCAUCCUCUGAGAACUGCAUGAGACUUUUUAGUUUGCUCUGCUAAAGUGACUCAUUAAUCUCAGGACCCAAUAUGGAAGAGUUCACAGCUCCAGAUAUUUCAUGAAAAAUACAACGUCUCAAUGUGGCAGAUCACCCAUUUUACCUAGAAAUAAUUUAACUUUUUUUUUUGGCCUUGAGAUGAAUUGAUAUAGAAUGUGACCAGAUUAUAUGAUAGGUCCAAACUCUGGCUUAUAUCAGCACGUGCAUUGCUGGUGUAAUGGGACAUGAUUAAUUUGCACACUUCAAAUUCAGGGUUUUUUUUCCCAGGAUCCUGAUGCUCUGGAGUAGAUCUCCAACAGCAAAGCAGCCUUCGUUUCCUAGUCCUGCUGAGUGACACGUCGUUGAAAGAUCAGUGCACGUGUUACACCGUCUGAAUCUACAGCACCUGACACUUGGUGGAUGCUGCCAGGAACAAUCAAAACAUUGUAAUAAAGAUAGUGCAUCAGAUAAGUGUCCUUUGAAGAACUGCUGUUCAAUUACAUUUUCAAACACGCUUGCAGACCUGAAUAAACACCUGGCACCUGCACGUUGCUUCUGAUAGUCAUAGAAAUGCCUGACUUCCACAUAAGGCAUUUAAAUGCAAGACUUUACAAAGAAGGCCAGAAUUCCUUACUCCAGGUUUGCAGAUGGAGAAGUUGAAAAACAGGAGGUGAAAUGACUGGAACAAAAUUUGAUGGCAGGCUAAGUUUGGAGUAGGACCCAGACUCUUGACAGCUGUGAGAAUAGCUGAGGUCUUUUCUUUGGGAAGGAUGACUCAGAGUAGGGCUGCCUGAAACAACGCUGAGAGAAGUCCCUGAAAUGGACAGUCAACAUCAUGACUUUAUAAAUAAUGGAAGGAUUAAAUUCAAGCUGCUGCUGCUUAUUGUUGCCGCUGCUUCUGGUGUUGCAAGUUCCCUUGCUGACCAUAGCUAGCCAGGAAAGGAAGGAAAGGGAGCACACCAGAGGAUCUGGUCUACCAGUCUGAAUGGAGGCAGUUGCUGGGACAGUGGAGGUGAGCGCUCAGGAGGUGGAAGUGACCAGACAGUGACAGGUGCUAUCAGGCUCUCUGUCCAGGAUGAACUGGGAGUGCAGAACCAGAACCAUUAGGUAGGAGCUGCAACAGUAAACUCCAUUUGUUUAGAAGGCUGCAGCACAUUCAGAGGGCUUUACACAAGCACUAAUACAUCUAGUCCCUUUCCCUUUGCCUCUCCCACACUCCCCACUCUUUCAUUCCCUUUUUAACUCUUGAAUGUUGGCCCUGCUUUUCCACAGAUACCUGAGCUCUCUCUGAUGCACCAGUGCUUGGGUCUCCAGUUGGAUCCCCUCUGCACCCUCUGGGUUUUACGGCUCUGUUCACCCCAUCAUCGUACCACUCAGCUCUGCAUUCAUCCUCCCCACCGCUUUACGCACCCCAGUAGUUUGCCAUGUCACAUACACUCUUUGCUUGACGUUCUGAGCCAUCUCUGGUGCAGUACCCACCCUAGUGAAACACAGUAGAGGAAACCUAGGGAAGGAGAGAACUAAAAUAGUUCAGUUAAAGUGCACUUGAUCCUAGGUUUGGAAAUAAAGUUCCAGCACAGCUGAUUUCUGGCAGUUUUGCCUGCUAGAGCUGUGAGUACGAAUUGUAGUCAAACAGGUGUUGUUUUGUUUGAGGCUUUUUAAAUAAUAGUUUAGGAUUUUUUUUUUCGAAGUUCAGUUUGCCUGACUUGACUUCUUUAAAUGUAAUUUUUGAACAGAGAUCACAGGUUUCAUCUGGGUGUUGGCGGUGUUUCUGUAUGAAGCAGAGCUACAUGCACAGUUUACUUCUGCAGGAUAGUUUACUGGCUUAUGAGAGUGUUAAAGAGCAUCAUAUUUCAUUGUUCCGGGGUCGGCUGACUCCCCACAGCAGGCUGGACUUAGAUGUCCCUGGGAGAGUGCUGAUGGCUGGGCUGCAGAAGGCAGCGUGCCUUUUCUUGGAAGCAUCAAUCAGUCACUCGUCAGAGCUCUGAGCAGGACACUUUCUCUGUGAGACAGGCUCUUGGUCUACUCCAGUAGGACGAGUGUUAAAUUCCUAUAUUUAUAACUAAAGCCAUAAUAAAAAAUCUUGCUUUUC